CGGCCACAGACGCGGAGCUAGGUAGCCUGAACCGCACCACAGCUCCGUCCGUGUCCGAGACCUCCCACCAUCUCCCAUGGCGAAGGGCCCUCCAGCCGCACACCCGCAUCCCUAACCCUAGGCUAGAUCCCACCGCACCUUGCGCGCACGCGAAAACCAAGCACACGCCUCUGACCACUCUCCCCCAGCCCCGCUGACUCCUCUGGGUCCGCGAGUCUAUUGCCUUACCCAUGGAUUCGGCUAGUAGCAGCGCGCGGACGGUGGCGGCGUGCGUGAUCGGCGGGAUCGUGCUGGGUGCCUCGGUGGUCGCGCUGCACCUCGGCGCUGGCCCCGCGGCCCCGAGUCUACCACCGGUCGAGGCCCUCCGGCGGCGCUUCCGCCGCCGCCGCCGCCCCGUGCGGGUCUACAUGGACGGCUGCUUCGACAUGAUGCACUACGGCCACUGCAACGCGCUGCGCCAGGCGCGGGCGCUCGGGGACGAGCUCGUCGUCGGCGUCGUCAGUGAUGACGAGAUCACCGCCAACAAGGGACCACCCGUCACGCCGCUCCACGAGAGAAUGAAAAUGGUCCGUGCUGUCAAAUGGGUUGACGAUGUCAUUCCAGAUGCACCAUAUGCCAUAACCGAAGAUUUCAUGAACAAGCUAUUCAAUGAGUACAAUAUUGAUUACAUAAUUCAUGGUGAUGAUCCUUGCCUGCUACCAGAUGGCACUGACGCAUAUGCCCUUGCCAAAAAGGCUGGCCGAUAUAAGCAGAUUAAAAGAACCGAAGGAGUGUCAACAACAGACAUUGUUGGAAGAAUGCUUCUUUGUGUUAGAGAGAGACCAGUUUCUGAUAAUCAGAGCCACUCUUCACUACAAAGACAGUUCAGUCAUGGGCAUGGUCAGAAUAUUGAUGAUAGUGGAUUUGGAAAUGGAACAAAAAUAUCUCAUUUUCUUCCCACAUCUCGGCGGAUAGUUCAGUUCUCAAAUGGCAGGGGGCCAGGACCAGAUUCCCGGGUAGUUUACAUUGAUGGUGCAUUUGAUCUGUUCCAUGCUGGACAUGUCGAGAUAUUGCGACUUGCUCGAGGGCUUGGAGAUUUCUUGCUUGUGGGCAUUCACACAGAUCAGACCAUAAGUUCAACUCGAGGACCACAUCGCCCAAUCAUGAAUCUCCAUGAGCGCAGUUUGAGUGUUUUGGCUUGUCGUUAUGUUGACGAAGUAAUCAUUGGUGCUCCGUGGCACAUUUCAAAAGACAUGAUUACCACUUUUAAUAUUUCAUUGGUUGUUCAUGGAACUAUAGCUGAGAACAUGGACUAUACAGAGGACGAUUCAAAUCCAUAUGCUGCUCCAAUUGCUAUGGGCAUUUAUCAUAAGCUGGAUAGCCCUUUGGACAUCACCACUAGUACUAUUAUAAGGAGAAUAGUUUCUAACCAUGAAGCCUACCAGAAACGGAAUGAGAAGAAGGAAGCCAGCGAGAAGAAGUACUAUGACAGUAAAAGCUUUGUCAAUGGAGAGUAGUGGCUUCUGAAUAGAUCUUCUCAGAAGACUGUUCCUGGAUCUUUGAGGCUCUAACACAGGUCACAAAUGAAACCAUCAAGUGAUCUACAAUUUUACCGCUCCAUUGUCAUUUUUGCUAUAUAGCUUAGUAGCUUCAGAUGCAGUCUUGAUGCAUGACAGGCAGUGGUGCUGAAUUGGGUGCGGAACCUGGAUGAAUUUCCAGUGGCCACUUUCAGUGCCACGACCUACCCUAUCCUCUCCUGUAUACCGGCUUCCAGAGCUGCUGUUACCGGCCGAGUUCUUUUUGAGAUCUAUAGAUCUCUGAGAAUUGUGGUACAAGAUGAAUGCUAGGCCAAUUAAUUGUUUGUUUCCCUGUUGUUCUUA